CUUCUUUCAUUGAGCCUCUUAUUGGCUGCCGGAUUCUUGAUUUGAGCGGAGUUUUUGAUUUGUUUCUGUCUCUCUUUCGUCUCCAAUUGCUUCCGCGAUCGAGCAGUUCAUCCAAUUUUCGAAGAUCAUUUAAGGAAUAAUCAUGACGAACCAAAAUGUGAUGGUUGCCGACGCAAAAUCGGGGAUCAACGUGGCGAUAAGGGUGGCGGUUACUGGUUCGUCGUCGUCGCUUUUCCCCACGCCGGCGCAAAAACCUCUCGCCGGCGCGUACAUCACAAUCUCGAAGAAGAAGCUCCUCCUGCAGGACAUCAACGCUGGCUCCAGAUCAAUCAACGCCUGGGUUGAUUCAAUGAGAGCUUCCUCCCCCACCAAUCUCAAAUCCUCGUCGCCGCCGCCGCUCUCCGGCGACCAAAUCUCCUGGAAUAUAUAUCAUCCAUCUGCACUCAACAUGUUGGACGAAAUUGCCAAGGCAGCAAAGGGGAAGCAAAUCGUGAUGUUUCUUGACUACGACGGCACUCUUUCGCCGAUAGUCGACGAUCCCGAAAAAGCCUUCCUGUCUGACUCGAUGAGGACAACAGUGAGAAAACUUGCUAAAUAUUUCCCCACUGCCAUAGUGAGUGGAAGGUGCAGAGACAAGGUGUACAGUUUUGUGCGAUUGUCAGAAUUAUAUUAUGCUGGAAGCCAUGGCAUGGAUAUCAAAGCCCCAUCUAAAGGCUCCAAAUAUAAUAAAGAGGACGGAGGUGUGCUUUUCCAGCCUGCAACUGAAUACCUUCCCAUGAUAGAUGAGGUUUAUAAAGCACUGUUGGAAGUGACAAAAGGCACUUCAGGUGCUAAGGUGGAGAAUAACAAGUUUUGUCUCUCUGUACAUUUCCGCUGUGUUGAUGAGAAGAAAUGGUCUGAACUUGCCCAGCAAGUUGGAUCCGUGCUGGAGGGGUACCCAGCCCUAAGGUUGACCCAAGGAAGAAAGGUGUUGGAAAUUCGCCCUAAUAUUAAAUGGGACAAAGGGAAGGCCCUUGAAUUCCUAUUACAGUCUAUGGGAUACACCAACUGCGCCAAUGUCUUCCCUAUAUACAUUGGAGAUGAUCGAACGGACGAGGAUGCUUUUAAGGUCUUGAGAGAGAAGGAUCAAGGAUUGGGGAUUCUAGUUUCCAAAAUUCCAAAAGAUACCAAUGCAUCUUACUCUUUGCAAGAACCAUCCGAGGUCAUGACAUUUUUACGAGGCUUGAUAGAUUGGAAGCAAUUUGUGAUAAAACGAGAGAUGAAAAUGAAGAGUCGACUCCAAAAGAUAAUAAGUCAAAUUAGGGGUAGUAAUUAAUGUUGUAAUUGCAAUUACUGAAAGCUAACAAUCCUUAUUAAGGGAGAUAUAGGAAGUUGUCCCUUCCGUGUGUGGUCUUGUAUUGUCCUGUACAAGGGCAUUAUUGUAAUUCUGUACAGGGUUAACUAUGUAAAUACAAGCCUAUUGUCGUUGCCUUAGGAUAUCAAGGUGAAUAACCAAAGUUGUUUAUAGAGAACAAUUGGAACAUUAAUGUAUAAAUUU